CCCCUCAAACGCACUCUCUCCUCCCACUCGCUCGUUCAUAUAUACAUAUAUGCACACAAACGGAUCCUUCGUUUCAUCUUACACUUUCUUCAGAAAUGGCCGUCGUUCGUCAACGCCGCCAACUCAACCUUUGCCUAGUGCUGCCGGAGCCCUCCGAUCAUCGCCGUCUCUUCCCCUUGCCCACCGCUUCCUCUUCCACCGUCUUCUCCUCUGCUGCAGAUGUCACUCCUAACGACAUCGAAAAGCUUGAAGUUCUUGGCCACGGAAAUGGUGGUACGGUCUACAAGGUUCGCCACAAGCGAACUUCUGCUAUCUACGCUCUGAAGGUGGUCCCCAGCGGCUCCGACCCGAUUACCUGCCGCCAGGUCCGGCGAGAGAUGGACAUCCUCCGACGGACGGACUCGCCUUAUGUAGUACAAUUCCACGGUUUCUUCGAGAAGCCGUCCGGCGAUGUUGCGAUUUUGCUAGAGUACAUGGACUCGGGGACGCUGGACACUCUGCUAAAGAAAAACGGCACCUUCUCUGAAUCCCAACUCGCGGCGGUGGCGCGUCAAGUUCUCAAUGGGCUGAGCUAUCUCCACGCGAACAACGUCAUCCACCGCGACAUCAAACCAUCGAAUCUUCUAGUGAAUCAGAAUAUGGAAGUGAAGAUCAGUGACUUCGGAGUCAGCAAGGUCAUGUGCCGGACGUUGGACGCGUGCACUUCAUACGUCGGUACAUGCGCGUACAUGAGCCCGGAAAGGUUCGACCCGGAUAGAUAUGGAGGGAAUUAUAACGGGUAUGCGGCUGAUAUAUGGAGCUUGGGUCUCACGUUGUUUGAACUCUAUGUGGGUCAUUUUCCGUUUCUUCCGGCAGGUCAGAGACCCGAUUGGGCCACCUUGAUGUGUGCCAUUUGUUUUGGCGAUCCACCUACCUUGCCAGAGAGUGCGUCCGACGAGUUUCAGAGCUUCGUGCAGUGUUGCUUGAAGAAGGAAUCAAACGAGAGGUUGACAGCAUCUCAGCUUUUGACCCACCCAUUUCUAUGUCAACCAUAACCCGAAAUCCGGCCCGCAUAUAUUCAUCAUCGUUGGGGUCAGUAGGAUUAGGUCCUUUUUCUUUUUUCCUUUU